UUGAAUUCAGUUCGAGUUUAGCCUUCGAUGCGUUCAGACGUGUUCGGAAAAAACUAAAACGGAAAGCAAAAAGUAAACUCUGUCUAAAAAAUAUAAAGAGAAAUACAUAUACCUUCAUAUAGCUAUACAUAUGAAUGGUCGCCGAGUGUGAAGUGAUUGAACAACUCAGAAAUUAUAUGCCUCUUGGCCACUUGUCAGUGAAUAGUGAAUUCUUAAUUUGACAAGAAAAUUGAAACUAAAUUGUGAAAACGCAUAAAACAGAAAAAUACAACAUUUCGGAAUACUUGCCGCCGCAAACUCUUUGGAUUAUUUUCAACCAGCUAACAAACAAAAAAAAAAAACAACAGCUAACAGCAUUUAAAUUGCUGUUGGAUAUAUUCUUUGGAUUACCUGAAUAAGCAAAUAACUUCGAAGCAACUGCAAAAUGGUUGUACUCGAAGGCGGCGGUGGUGUUGUUACCAUCGGCAAUAACCAAUAUUUGCAACCGGAUUACUUGGCUCCAUUGCCCACAACGAUGGACGCCAAGAAAAGCCCGUUGGCAUUGCUGGCUCAGACUUGCUCACAGAUCGGAGCCGAUUCAUCGGCUGUGAAACCGUUGCUGGGCAUGGAUAAGAACAAGAAAUCGGGAACAUGCUCCUCAUCGUCGACGUCAUCGAGCUCAUCGAGCAGCGCAGAAAUCUCAGCGGCCAAGUCGCCAAGCAGCCAAGCCAAAUCGCCCAAGUCGAGCACACCGAUCACCACAAGCUCAAGCAUCAGCAGCACAAGCCUCAGCUCAUCGGGCAGCGAGGUCAAGCUGGCCUUCAAGCCAUACGAGACGAACGUGCUCAGCCAGCAGAAUCAGAACAGCUUCAAGAGCAGCCACAGCGAGGAGCCAGUGCGUCCCAGCUCGAAGAACUCCUCCACCCAGGAACGCGUGCCGUCGCGCAGCAAGUCCAACGCCACGCCCACAGAUCUCGCCCAGCUGAAGGCGGAGGGCAUGCCGACAACUCCUCACGACAACAGCAGCGCCAGCGGCAGCCGCAAGACAGUCUCCCCAGCCGGAUCCUCGCAGCGCGGCGCCAGCCCCAUCGUACGCUCCGGAAUGGAGGUGCUGAACAACGCUAACGGCACCGCACAGCAUCCCAAGGAGAUGAGCAGCAUGGCAGCGGCGGCUGCAGCUGCGGCAGCCGCAUACAAGGCAGCCGGACCCUAUGGACUGAAUCCCCUGUCCGCCCUCUGCUGCCCGCCCGGCAUGGAGCAGCACGCGAACCCCGCAUUCCGUCCGCCCUUCGCCGGCGGCUUCACGGCGCAUCAUCACGCGGCUAUGCUGGCGGCGGCAGCGGCCAACGGCGGCUAUCCGCCCGCCGCAGCCGGACCGGGAGCAGCCGGCCAGCCCAAUCCGUACAUCAGCUACCAGCGCAUCAAGACGCCAGCCGGCGGCGAGGCAAUCGUGCCCGUCUGCAAGGAUCCCUACUGCCCCGGCUGCCCCUACUCCGCCCACACACAACAGAUGCUCAUGGGCGCCCCGUGCCCCGCCGGCUGCACGCAGUGCGAGCACCAGAAGUACGGCAUGGCCAUGGCCAGCGCCGGACUGCCCCCAGCCCAUCCCUACUCACAGGCAGCGGCCGCCGCGGCUGCCAACGCAGCCGCCGCUCGCAGCGCUCCCUACGUCUGCAGCUGGGUGGUGGGCGACGCCUACUGCGGCAAGCGAUUCCAGACCUCCGACGAGCUCUUCACCCAUCUGCGCACCCACACCGGCAACCUCUCGGACCCCGCCGCAGCCGCCGCAGCUCUCGCCCAGUCCCAGGCGCAGUCGCUCCUCGGCACGCUCUUCCCGCCGUCGGCUCUGCGCGCCGGUUACCCCACGCCUCCCCUCAGCCCCAUGUCCGCUGCAGCGGCGGCCGCUCGCUAUCAUCCCUAUGGCAAGCCGCCGGGUGCUCUAGCUGCUGCUCCAUCGCCAUUUGGCGCUGCUGGCGCCUUCAAUCCGGCAGCGGCGGCUGCUGCAGCUGCUCUGGGUCCCUACUACUCCCCAUACGCCAUGUACGGACAGCGCAUGGGAGCAGCGCACCAGUAAGCGAAAGAGGGAAAGGAGGAGGCGAAGGAGGAGAAGGAGAAGGAGAGGCUAGUGUUGGAUACCAAAUAGAUGUGGAUCACGUCUGGUUUGGGAAAUAAUUUCUAAAAUUGCACAAUGCGUGAGAGGAGCGAAAAACGAAGGGAAAUUUGAAAAAUUCAAAAGAUAAAGAAAAAGAAAAAACAAUUAAGAAUUCA